AUGACACCCAGCUGUUCUUUCUCUUCUAUAGAUGACCGCGUUGACCAAAGAGCAUGCCUUAUCUGUGGGGAUCGUGCUACAGGACUGCAUUAUGGCAUCAUCUCAUGUGAGGGCUGCAAAGGAUUCUUUAAGCGCAGCAUUUGCAAUAAGAGAGUAUACCGAUGCAGCCGCGAUAAGAAUUGUGUCAUGUCGCGAAAGCAGAGGAACCGUUGUCAAUACUGCCGCCUCCUUAAGUGCCUCCAGAUGGGAAUGAACAGAAAAGCUAUAAGAGAAGAUGGAAUGCCAGGUGGAAGAAAUAAAAGCAUUGGUCCUGUACAGAUUUCCGAUGAGGAGAUUGAAAGGAUUAUGUCUGGUCAAGAAUUUGAAGAAGAAGCCAACACUUCAUGGAGUAACAAUGGAGAUAGUGACCAUAGUUCUCCAGGCAAUGUAGUGUCUGAAAGUAACCAGCCUUCUCCAGUGUCCACACCUUCCUCCAGUAGAUCAGUGGAACUAAAUGGAUUCAGUUCUCUUCGGGAUCAGUAUUUGGGCACUCCUGCACCAACGCACUAUCAAUACCUACCUCACCUUUUUAGCUGCUCUACUCAUUCUGCUAUAAUCCCAUCCCAAACCCGGAGUCUGGACCCUCAGUCACACACCCUCAUUAACCAGCUACUAGCUGCAGAAGACAUGGAGCCACUUAAUACCCCUAUGCUAAUUGAAGAUGGGUACAAGGUAACACAGUCUGAGCUAUUUGCUCUUUUGUGUCGGCUGGCAGACGAGCUCUUGUUUCGCCAGAUUGCAUGGGUGAAGAAGCUGCCAUUUUUUUGUGACCUUUCUAUAAAAGAUUACACAUGCCUAUUGAGUACGACGUGGCAAGAGUUAAUACUUCUGUCUUCACUGAUCACAUACAGCAAGCAGGUCUUCGGGGAUCUUGCCGACGUCACCUCUAAAUACUCACCUUCUGAAGCAGAGCUUCAUAGAUUUAGUGAGGAGGGUAUGGAAGUGAUGGAAAGGCUUAUUUACUUGUAUCGAAAAUUCAGCCAGCUGAAGGUUAGCAAUGAAGAAUAUGUCUGCAUGAAAGCCAUCAACUUCCUGAAUCAAGAUAUCCAAGGUAUUAGCAAUGUUUCCCAGCUGGAGCAGCUGAAUAAGAGGUACUGGUACGUGUGUCAGGACUUCACAGAGUAUAGGUAUCCUCUCCAACCCAACAGAUUCCCGGACCUUAUGAUGUGUUUGCCUGAGAUACGCUAUAUUGCUGGGAAGCUGGUGAAUGUACCCCUGGAGCAACUACCUCUGCUUUUUAAAGCAUUUCUUCACUCAUGCAAAACCAAUGUCAGCAAGGAGUAAGCAUCCAGAGGAAAACGGUUUAAAGACAGCUGUCAAAAGUGGCUGCUUUGGAAUCGUUAAAAAGGAAAAAAAGACUAUUACUCUCUAUGUGGGAGCCAAAAGUUUGCUUUUUUUUUUUCUUCACUCUUUUUCUUAUCUAUUUAUUUCCUGACAGAGUUGAAUGUAUUAUCUUCAACAUGGGUGCACAAACGUAAAUGCAGUUUCUGCAUUUUGUUGUUUACAGACCUAGGUUUUUUACGCCAUUUUAUGGGAGGGACUCCCUUCCUGUAUGGAUGAGGAUAUAAGUGUUAUGGUGUUGCUAUUUUGUGUUUUAAUUUUGUACUUUUUUUAGAUUUAGUUAUUCUUUUGUUGGGAGUGGGAAUGGCAUUUUUGAAUAGUGUUUUGAAUGG